AUGAGUGGGAGGGAGUCAGAGGCAUGUUCUUUGAGGAAGAAGCUCUAAGAUAGCCUCUCUCGCAACUGGGAGCUGGGAAUGGCCCUGAAGAGUUCUGCCUUCAUACCCAAGGACUUUGACAUCAAAGAGAAUUUCCUCAGUUUAUCCAAAGGGAAAUGGAUGACCCCCUUUGACCCUGUUUACAUCGAGACAAACACUUUCCAUCUGGACAAAUACAAGGCAGUCAAGGUGCCCAUGAUGUAUAAAGCAUACAAGUUUGCCUCCACAGUUGAUAAGAAUUUUCAUUAUCACAUCCUCAAAUUGCCCUACCAUGGCAAUGCCACAUCAGUGGUCUUCAUGGGGAAGAUGGGUGGCCACCUCACCCUUGAUGACUACCUGAACACAGAUCUGGUGGACAUGUGACUCAGAAACAUGAAAACCAGAAACAUGGAAGUUUUCUUUCUGAAGUUCAAAUCAGAUCAGAUGUAUGAGGUGCAUGAACUGCUUAAGUAUAUGGGAAUCAGGAGAAUCUUCUCACCCUGAGCUGACCUGAGUGAAUUCUCAGUUAUUGCAAGAAAUCUUUAAACAUCCAAGGUUUUCCAAAGAGCAAUGGCUGAGGUCAGUGAGAAAGGAACUGAAGCGGUGGCGGGAACCGUGUAGGAAAUGACUGCUCAUUCCACCCCUCCCAUCAUCAAAGUGGUCUGGACAUUUCAUUUCAUGAGCUAUGAAGAAGUCUCUAGAAUGUUGCUAUUUCUGAGCAUGGUGAAUCCAACUCUCCUGUGA